AAUGUGUUGUGUCUCCCCUGUCUCGUACAUGGUUCGGUCCUCUCCCGUUCGAAGCUGAAAGCGGGAGGAAGUCGCUUCUGUGUCGUCGGUUGUUGAUGUUUGUCGAAGAAAGAAAAGUUGCCGCAGGAUGGACGUGACGACGAGUUUGAAGUCUCUGCUGCUGGUUAUCCAGCAGUACAGAGACAACAGGACGGCACAAAACGCAGCGCAGCUACUAAAACAAGUGGAGGAGGUUUCAGGCCUGAAAUGUGACCAGCUGCUGUCCUCAGGUCAGGUUCUGCCCAGUGAGUGUGUGAGUGGCCUGGUGGAGCUGGCUGGAAACCCCAACACCAGCCCCACCCUGACCAGCUCCAUCAUCUCCCUGCUGGCCCAGCUAGCUGGUGAUGAUCACAGCCGGGAGAUUCUCCACAGCAGCUACAACCUCACCAGCACCCUGGCUGCCGUCAUCCACUGCCACAGCGCCACACCUGGAGAGGCCCUGGUGCUGCAGUGCCUACAGGUGCUGCAGAAACUGACGUACAACGCUCGCAUCUUCCAGUCAACAAGCUACAUCCCUGAGCUCGUAGCGUUUCUCAUGACCAACAUACAGUCUCACAGUGAUGACAUCAUCAUGCCGUGCCUCGGCCUCAUGGCCAACCUGUGCCGCGACAACCACUCGGUGCAGAGUCACAUCAAGUCCCUGGACAACGUGAAGCCGUUUUACCGCACACUGAUCAACUUCCUGGCUCACAACAGUCUGACUGUGGUGGUCUUCACACUGUCCAUCCUGGCUAGCCUCACUCUGAACGAGAAAGUUGGCGAAAAGCUCUUCGACGCCAAGAACAUCCACCAGACCUUCCAGCUGGUGUUCAACAUCGUCGUGAAUGGCGACGGCACUCUGACCAGAAAAUACUCAGUUGACCUUCUGGUCGAUCUGCUGAAGAACCCCAAAAUAGCAGAUUACCUCACGAGGUACCAGCACUUCUCAGCAUGUGUGGCUCAAGUCUUAGGACUGCUGCAUUCAAAAGACCCCGACUCAGCAGCCAAGGUGUUGGAGCUCCUCCUGGCCAUGUGCAGCGUCUCCGGGCUGCGCUCGCUGCUCUGCCAGGUGCUUUUUAAGCCGGCGGGACCCAAACUCAGAGCCGCCGGCCGCCGCCAGGGGGCAGGAGUGGACGGUGGACGGAAAGCAGAGGACGGUCUGGCUCUGGUGCAGUGGCUGAGCUCACCUGUGGAGGGCGCCGAACGCUGCUCGCUGCAGGCCCUGCAGCUGUUGAAUGAGCUGCUGGAGGAGGCCUUGACAGCAGACAACAUGCCAGAUUGCAUGCUGGGCUUUGUGGAAAUGUUGCUUCCGGUCCUGUUCGAGCUGCUGAAGGGGCUCGAUCCUGCUCAAGGGGACGCUCACGUUAGAAAACACUGCCACCGAAUCACUCACGUCACCAGUCUGCUGCUAAUCCUGUGCACCGACGACUCCACCAGAUCUUUGGUGUCCCGUCAGGUGAGCGCUCAGCUCUGCCUCUCCCGCGUCGAAGCCCUGCUCUCCUGUUGUCAUAGCAACAACCCCACCACCUGCCUGCAUCCCGGCUCUGACAACGAUCUCAGUCAUGUGUGUGCAGAAGCUCUGCUAAAGACUCUGGAGUUAAUGAGCAAACUGAGGCAGCAGGUGAAGGACAUGGAGACCAGUUUCUACAGGAUGCUGCAGGACCAGAGGAUCGUGACUCCCCUCUCUCUCGCCCUGACGUCCCACCACAGAGAACAUGUCCAGACUGGACUCUCGCUGCUGUUCGAAGCCACUCCGCUGCCAGACUUUCCUUCCUUAGUUCUGGGAGAAAGCAUGGCUGCCAACAAUGCCUAUCGCCAGAGGGAGGCCGAGCUGUCAGUCAAGCGCAUCGCCGUGCAGGAAGUCCCGCCUCCCAGAACGAACACCAGCAUGUUGGAUUCGUCCAGCGCUUCCAGCAGGAGUGUUCACAGCCUGGUGGAGAAGAUACAGACGGGUUUGGAGCUGCAGGAGCAGGCGAAGGACUCACAUGUGUCUGAGAUCAUUGAUGUUUAUGAACAGAAGCUUUCUGCGUUUACGUCUAAGGAGAGCCGUCUGCAGGACUUGUUGGAGGCCAAAGCUCUGGCUCUCUCUCAGGCCGACCGUCUCAUCGCUCAGUAUCGCGUCCAGCGAGCUCAAGCUGAGGCCGAGGCUCGUAAGCUGGCGUCUCUGCUGAAGGAUGCCGAGCGCCGGCGGGAGGAUCUGCAGGCGGAGCUGAGCGGCCAGGUGCUGGAGGUGCAGCGCUCCAAGGCCGACAUGGAGGAGCUGCUGCAGCACAACGCCCGACUGCAACGAGACUCUGAGGACCACCAGGCCCUGAAAGGAGCCUACAACAGCCUGCUCAACAGGUUCAAUGAGACGGAGCGGCUGCUGAAGGAGCUGCAGUCGGCUCACAUCUCUCUGACCAAACAGAACGAAGCUCUGAGGAGGAACCAGGAAGCUCUACAGCUGCAGCAAGACAAGAUGACAUCGGUGUUGGAGGAGAGAGACGAAGAAAUCAAAUCCCUUCAGUCAGAUCUGCAGAAGAAAAACAGUGACAUCGCAGGUCUGCGUGUUGAACUUCAGGCCGAGGAGGAGAAAGUGAAAGAAAAAGACCAGGAGAGGAGAGAACUGGAGGAGACGGUGGAUGUUUUGAGGAAGGAGCUGAACAAAACGGAGCAGGCCAGGAAGGAUGCCAGCAUCAAGGCAUCAUCUUUGGAGCUGCAGAAGAGUCAGCUGGAGGCGAAGCUGAAGCAGAAGGAGGACGAGUUGAACAAACACUCAGCGAUGAUCGCGAUGAUCCACAGCCUGAGCAGCGGAAAGAUGAAAAACGACGUUAACCUGUCGCUCUGAGCAGCGAACAGCAAACCAGAUGAGUGGCUGAGGAAAAACUAGAUUUUAAAAACAUCCAUGGACUUUUUUAAAACUUAAAUGAACCAUUUUAUAGUUAAUAAAACACACUAGAUGAAAUAUAUUAAACUAAACCUGUAAGUUAAACGUUUGAAUGUUUGUCUUGUGUGUCUAUUUUUAUUGUUUAGUGAAUAAAUGAUAGAUCUGUACCAGAUUCCAGAUCAGA